AUGAGCCGGCGCGCAGGUCCCCAUGCAGGCGACUCUCUGCUUGAGGCGCUGCUCGACUCGGUGCAUGUGAUGCUCAGCACCUAUGGUGUCAUCAUCGUGGCUGUUGUGGUGGCCAUUGUUGUUGCCCUCUUGAUUGUGGAGCUCGUUUUUGAAAGUGGCAACUCUGACCCACCUGCCCGCAAACGCACGCCCCAGUAUCAACCAGCUCGCGUCUCCGCUGCCAGCCAACUGGACAGUGACGAUGACGAUGACGAUGACGAUGACGACGACGACGACGACGAGGAUGACAACAAGGACGACAAAAAUCGUCUGGCUGGAGCCCAGCCUCGUCAGCAAACAAUUAUUGGCCAGGUCGCGCAGCAUGUCCGAAACUAUGCCCGUCACCGUCUCACCUCUUUUCAAUUCGAGGAACAAGGGCGUGAAAUGACUCAAAAGGAGCUGGGACUGCUGCGUGAAAGCUUUCGUGGCCUUGAUGCGGCUGAACGUCACCGGUUUUUGAGUCGCCUGCGAAACCCGCGCCAGUUUCAGGAGUUUCUUGCUGGUGCCCCCGACGUGGCCGAGCAUGCCGCUCGUCAUCCUGUCUAUGCCAAUCGCCUGCGCGAAGCCAAUAGUGGGUUUGAUAACCCUCUACCCUACCAAGAACAGCGCUAUGAACGCCGCCUCCAAUUUGAAGAAUCCCUCCAACGCAGCAUGGCGGAGCGGGAUCGCCUCAGCCACAUGACAACGGCCGCUGCGGCCGCCCAAGCGCAGGCCCGAGCGGCUCAAGCGCGAGCUGCCCAGGCCCGAGCGGCCCAGGUCCAGGCGCAAGCGCGAGCUCGUGCGUCCACUCAAGCACAAACCCAGGCUCGUGCUCAGGCUCAGGCCACUCAUCGCCCCGUGACCACCAAUGUACCAGCCCCACGUCCCACGACCCCUCCCCCCAGCAAUGCUGCCCUGAUUUCCGCCAUCCCAAGAUUUGGCUGGCUUGACGCCGCCAUUCAGAUUUUGGGGACAGCCAUUUUGUUUGUCGGAGCCAAGGCUUACGCACAUGGCUGGGCGCUCAACUGGGAUGUCAUUGCGUUUGCUUCCAAUAACACACCCUCCCUGCGUGAAUGGCUGAUCCUCUGGAGCGCGGCCGUGGGAGCCCUCCUCUUCCUGACUCAGAUCAUUUCCGUGGCAUACCUGGUUCCCAACUUGUUGCUUCGUCCCUGGCGCAUCUUGGCUCCUCUGACAGCCGUCAUUGCUCCACUGUUUGCCCGCCUCGAGGACGCUUGGGAUGCACUGCUUCACGAUGGCAGCUUUGGCCAGCAUGCCUCGGGCCUCUGGCAACUGGGCCGCUCCUUUGCCGAGAUGUCUACCGUGGUUUUCCGCGUUGCAACGCUGGCCCCUGUUCUGUACCUACAAGGCAUGGCUCAAUUCCUGGGUCAGAGCUACCGUCACACACUUUUGGCAGCCACAUUGGCCACCAUUCUUCUCGCUGGUUUGGGCUACCGGUUCCCUCGCAAUGAACUGCAGGCCCAGGGUAUGGCCCAGGCCCCGCUGCAGGCCUUUCGCGUUGAGGCCGACCUCGUGGCCGAAUCGAUGGCGCGCCUUUUCCGCACGUUUUUUCACAAUGCGAGUCUGGAAGCGGCCCUGCUCAUGUUCUACGGCCAUGCCGUCUUUGUCGUCGGCAUUAUUGCAGCCCUGACGCUGCUCAACGCCUUGCUUGCUUACAUCCCUCUCGGCGCCAUCUACGUCAUCCUGGCCACUGUUUUCCCGCCUUCCCUGGCUCUGGAUGCCCUCUUUUUCAUCUUAAUUGUGGCUCUGCCGCUGGCUUAUGGCCUGCGAUCGGCACUUGUUGAUCUGCAGGCUGGCGCGGCAUUGCUCGUGCCGACCAUGGCCGCCAUUGGCUCGGCGCUGACGAUGAACUUGCUGUCCGCUCCUCAGCUGGUUGCGCUCUGGAAUUCGGGCUCCAUCGCGGCAGCAAGCCUGCUGCAGGCCAGCCCACCCAUCGUCGUCCCACAGCAAGUUGAUCUGCCCGAUGAGAGUCUGUCACUCAUUUACAGCGUCGUUGACGCGUGCCUGAAGGUGACCUGCGGCGCGCCCCAAGAGCCCUUCCAGCGCCAGCUUGGCGACAUCACGCCUCCCGAUCAACUUUUUGAUCUUGACGUCUGUCCUCCUCAAGCCGUUGCGGCUUGCAAUGCUUUGGCAGAUCAACCCCUUCCCUUCGACUUUCUGAGCCUGACUCGCACGCUGACAGGUUUGCGGGUCAUGACUCUUGUGCUCACGACCGCAGCAGCUGCGUACAUCAGCUAUCGAUACACGAAUUGGAGCGUCAUCAUUGCCACUGCUGUAGCAGGCUAUGCGCUCACACACUCCCUCGCAGAUCUACGAUCUGUGCCCGGCUUGGUGGCCAUGGCCUUGGCCGUCCUCUACCAGCGCAACGUUGCCUUGCCUCUUUCCCGUGUUUUCGGCGCGGCCCCCUAA